CCCAACUACCAAACUGUCAGCUUCCGUCGGUUGCCAUUCUUAAUCUGCAUAAUUCAUCUGAGCCCUUCAGCAGCCGUUGGCUGCAGUGCCGCGCAUUAUUCCAGUAUACGCUUCCUUAACGCACCGCUGUUGUUGUCGGUUGCACCCGCCGCACAGCAGCUGCCUGCUGCCUGGGCCACGAUGGUACUUCUUAUCCGGAUAAAAAGCACAUCCUGUAUCAGCCAGCAGGGAUUUGGUUAGCGUCCUGCUGAUUCCACUACUGAUCAACAUUGGGGCCGGCGCGCGCUCUCCUUGUUUAGCUGCGUUACACGCGUUAUUAUAACUGCCGCAUUCCAGGCAACAACGGCACAGGAUGCCCUUAUAGUGCAGAUCAGUCUCUGACAAUGCUCCUCGGGAAUGAUGCAUCUGCCGUCCGGUGUUUUAUCCCUGUGUACACUUUCCCUGACAAUGUAAUAUCAAGAGCUUCUGACGCUUAAUCUGAUAACACAUGUGGCUCGGUCUCCGUUGGGCACGCACACACACGCUGCAUAUAUAUACGCGAUCGGCAUAUAUAUAUGUAUAUAUCUCCGACGGUAUCAGUCGCGCUGUGCAGCACACUGGAUUAUAUUCCCGUUUCCUCUUUCGCCUCUCUCUCUCUCAUCCUUCCCUCUCGCGCUGAUCUCCUUCCGUGGUGUGGCAGCAGCAAUUGCAACUAGUCAGUGAUUUCCUAAGGAAAACAUCUCAUUAGCGAUUAAAUUCCCCCAUCGGCCGGGGAUUUCCACAGGGCACUGACGAUCCCUGGAUUACCGCAGGGACAGUCCGGCCGGCAACGUUGUUCGGCGUGGCUGUUGUAGCGCCGUGACGAUCACAUUAAGCGUGAUCGACAAAUGACGAGUGCUUACUGGCCACUAUAUACACUUUGUACGGGAUAACUUAACCACUCGUUCCACUGGAGACGCGCGUGAUGUGCGCUUAAUUUCGUGCAUUUGUUGUUGAUUCCUGUGAGUCUAUCGUGUAUAUUAUGUAAAAAACGGAAUGACUCUUGAUGAUGGUAUUACAUGAUACUGAUUGGCAUCAUUAUCUGCCGGCUUAAGUUGUACGUGGAUCUAGCGAGAGAUGUGCCCAGGCGCCCUUCGUGCCGGUGUGGAAUGUAUGCGGCUGCCUUGGUAAUCCCGGCCAAUGUUCAUCCAUAAGCAUAUCGAUAUAUAUUGGAUUAAUCUGUCACUGGUUGGCCUCACUGAGUGUACUGCAGCCCAGCUACACACCGCGCCGGCGCCCGCUAGCAGUCAUAGCGGUGGUGACCUUUCCGCCGGUGGGCCGCACUUCAGCCUCCGUUCACCUUAUGACGAAAUGUACAAAGCCAUCACCGUACUGCGUGAGCUGUUUUUUCCACAAUGGGUACAGCAGCUCAAAGAGCAUCAUGUUAUCGAUGCGGACCAGUUGCCGGCAGCGUCGUCAUCGUCAUCUGCAGCCGCAACGUCAUCCUCCGUGGCCAGCCUGGCAACCAGCUCAUCAUCAUCAUCCAGCACGAUCAGUAUUACUGCGGCGACCAAUACCACGCUGGCGACAAGUACACCCUCAUCCGCCCCAUCCAUCGCCACAUUAUCCACUACAACAACAUCCUUCUUCACCUACUCCACAGCAGCCAGUCCGGCCGUCACCACACCGCCACCCGACAGCCUCCUCUUCCCCUCCGCCGUCAAUGUUACCAACUCGACACUGCCGUCGUCAACGCGACACUGGGACGAAAUGUACAUGUCCACGGCGAACACGUUUGCUCAGUUUAUACAGAAUAUCACCUUCCUGCCCGGCCUCACCUUCCCGCUGGACUAUGCCCAGCUGGAUUAUCUUAAUCUAUCAGCGGGCUGCUAUAACACGACCAACUGUACAUUAGACGGCGCUAAUGCCGGCGAUGCGCUGGGGAAAAAUUACUGGGCGCUGAUUCUGCUGAUUUUUCCUAUCCUGACCAUUUUCGGGAAUACAUUGGUUAUACUGAGUGUCUUUCGGGAGCGAUCGCUCCAGACGGCGACCAACUACUUUAUUGUCAGUUUGGCCUGUGCGGAUCUGCUCGUGGCGUCGAUGGUGAUGCCAUUUGCGGUUUAUAUUGAGGUGCAGCGGACACGCUGGGAACUGGGUGAUUCGAUUUGUGAUACUUGGAUUGCCAGUGACGUUAUUGCCAGCACUUGUUCCAUCUUUAAUCUGACAGCAAUCAGCAUUGACAGAUUUAUUGCUGUUACACAACCGCUCAAGUAUGCACGCCACAAGAAUCAUCGUCGCGUGGUCUACACGAUCCUCUUUGUCUGGCUGGUCAGCAUCUGCAUUGGUAUGCCCAUUAUCCUCGGGCUGAACGUGCCGGUCUCCCACAAACAGCGUGAUCCCAAUCUGUGCAUUUUCUACAAUUCCGAUUUUGCCAUAUAUAGCUCCAUGAGCUCCUUUUAUAUACCCUGCGUCCUGAUGAUUGUCCUCUACUACAAGAUCUUCCAUGCCAUCCGCCAGCGGGCCGCCAAAUCGGCCUCCUCCAAUAAACGGCCCCUCCCGCCCUCCUCCGAACUCAACCAGCACCUCCCCCUCACCGAGCAGAAAUCCAACCAGCUGCCCAUCCCGGUAGUGGACAAACAGUGGAUGAAGAGCUAUCCGCAUAAUAAUCCCACACCCAACCGGGUCGUCUCGCCGGUGGUCAACAAUAAAGGUCACGCGGGCGAUGCCACCACCCUGGCCAGCUCCAGCUGUCUGGUGGACGGGGAGGAUAAUUUAAUCGAGGAUGUGGAUGUGGACUCGGGGAAUUCCGGACAACAGAGCACCCCGCCGCAGGUCACGGCGAUGAGUCCGACAGAAAUAGAGGCGACGCUGGCGGACAAUGUUCUGUAUAGUCCCGACGUGGAGGUGGUCGAGACACCGAAGCGCGGCAAGAGGACACGCUUUCUCUCGGCACUGAGCGGCUCGCUGAAUUCAAACAAUGAGAAAAUGCUGUUGGAGAAUGGGGGUCCGGGUGGGGGUGUCCGUGCCGGGGGGAAUCAUGCGUACGGGCGGAAGUUCAAACAGAAAAAUUUAAGACGGUCCAUUAAGUCACGGGAGAAAGUCUUGGCUCAACGAGAACGCAAAGCAACUAAAACACUGGCCAUCGUUUUAGGUGUUUUCCUUGCCUGCUGGGUGCCUUUCUUCACAAUCAGUAUGAUUAACGCCAUCUGCGAGAAGCUCGGUGUACCAUUUCCCGGUGAUGAUGUGUUCAUGGUGACCACGUGGCUUGGUUAUGGUAAUUCCUUUAUGAAUCCCGUUAUCUAUACGGUUUUCAACGAAGAAUUUCGUAAAUCUUUUUGGCCAUUUUACGGUGUAAUCCCAAAUAAACUCUUUGUACAUUUCGGCGAUUACAUGCAAUAUACAUGCGCAAUUUUUGCAAGCACAGUCUUAUAUUUUGCGAAUGAAUCUCCAGAUGAAUUUAUUACUUUUGUAAUGUUCGUAUGUCAGUGUGCGUUUCCAACUUCUGUCCGCUAUGAACUACAAAAUCCAAUGACGCAAUGA